AUGCAUCUUCAUCAAAUUGCCUUCCUGUCUGUACUGUUGGACAUUUGCGCUGGUGUACCAGUCCAAGACAGUCCCCGUGAGCGACUGCUCAAGGGACUUGGGAUUCCAGACAACUACCGUGGUGUGACUGGUGGCAAGAAGCUCCCAUUCACUCCAGGUCACAGAGAUCCCUACGACUCACCAGUUGACUCUGUUGGGGACGACCUUGAUCCUCUUCCAUGGCGCAAUGGUCUUGGAGCUUCUGUUCUCGGGCCCUGGAAUGAGGCGCGUUCGCGACAGAACCCAGACCUCGUCAGACCACCUAGCACUGACCAUGGCAACCUUGCCAACAUGCGAUGGAGUUUCGCAGACUCCCAUAUCCGUAUUGAGGAAGGCGGUUGGACCCGUCAGACCACUAUCCGUGAGCUUCCAACGAGUAUUGAGCUUGCCGGUGUGAACAUGCGACUGGGUGAAGGCGUCUACCGUGAGCUUCACUGGCACAAGGAAGCUGAGUGGGCUUAUGUCCUAGAUGGAGAGGUCCGAGUGACGGCCCUCGACUAUGAGGGUGGUAACUUCAUUGACGACCUCAAGAAGGGAGAUCUAUGGUACUUCCCCAGUGGAGUUCCUCACUCCCUUCAGGGACUCAGCGAGAACGGCACAGAGUUCCUACUCAUCUUUGAUGACGGACGCUUUUCUGAAGAGUCAACAUUUGUUCUUACUGACUGGCUCGCGCACACACCCAAGUCAGUCAUCUCCAAGAACUUCGACUUAGAUCCCGAGGUCUUCAACAAGCUUCCUGCAGGAGAAAAGUACAUUUUUCAAGGGCGUACCCCCGGUAAAAUCUCAGAUGAGGAACCCAAGGGCAAGAAGGCCAAGAAGUCAAAGUACAACUUUACACACCGCAUGCUCGACCAAACUCCUCUCAAGACUAGUGGCGGCCAAGUCCGUAUCACUGACUCCAAGAACUUCCCCAUCUCCAAGACCAUCGCUGCAGCCCACGCCAUCAUCGAGCCCGGUGCUAUCCGUGAGAUGCACUGGCAUCCUUCAGCUGAUGAGUGGUCUUUCUUCAUCAAGGGUCGCGCUAGAGUUACCAUCUUUGCUGCAGAGGGUACUGCUAGAACCUUUGACUACGUCCCCGGAGAUGUGGGCAUUGUCCCCCGAAACAUGGGUCACUUUGUUGAGAAUAUUGGUGAUGGGCCUAUUGAGAUGCUUGAGAUUUUCCGUUCAGAUGAGUUCAGAGAUAUUUCUCUGUUCCAGUGGAUGGGCGAGACACCAAAGAAGCAAGUCAUUGACACGCUCUUUGCUAAUGACCCUAAGAACGCUGAGAGGUUUUGGGACAAGAUCAAGGAUGCGGACAACGAGGUUAUCACCAAGCCUGAUUUUUACAAGCACAAGGAUGAGACUGUUGGUGAGUUAUAA